CCACCUACAUUUUUAUCUCCAGUCUACUAACCAAGACACUGGCCUAAAUCGUUCCACUACACUCUACCCACAAGCUACUAAGCAUCACCAACAUGCCCCUCUUCCACUCCUCCUCCCACUCCAGCUCCGACCGGAGCAGUAUCGACGACCCCAACACUACAUCCUCUCACUCUCACCGUCGCUCCCACCGCUCCUCCGGCUCCGGCUCCUACCAUUCGUCAUCUUCCACUUCUCCCUCCUCCUCCCGCCGCCACAGCCACUCCCUAUUCGGUCACAGCAGAAAGAACGAAGACCCUUCCAUCCUCGCCGCUAAAGAACAGGUCUCCCGUGCAGAAGCUGCUGAGCGCGAGGCUGAUCGGGCCCUGAUGGCUUCGAAACGGGCGGUGCGUGAGGCCAGAGAACACGUGAGAAGGUUGGAUGAAGAAGCAAAGAUGGAGGCGCGCGCAGCAAAGAUGAAGCAGGACCAGGUGAAGUCAAUUACGAAGAGGGCGAAGCCAUUGGGAAGACAUGUGUAAUGUUCCUGAUUGUCGAUACGGAUGUUUGUCUACAGUGGAGGAUAUGGCAGAAUGGUUUAUACGAAGUUACGAUUCUUAACAUGUAUUUCUAUUGUAUGGUUCCUUUCUAAUUCGGUUCGUGUAUCGCGUUGUGUGGUUCUUUGCAGGAUACGAGUCAUGAGUCAUGAUUGAUACCUUUCUUAUGUUUGUACUAUAUUUGUGAGUUUAGUUGGGAAUCCACUUGCGUACUAUGACGAAACA